UAUUAAUUUUGACAGGACGAUAACAGAUCGAAACAGAUGCAGAUCGAAAGCAAAUUGUAUUCUUAAGUUCUCGAACUUGAUCCGACAUCCGAGUGAUCAUUUUAAAGUCAAUAAAUUGAAGUGUUCAACUCCGCAUAAAAAUGAACGAAGCAAAGAGCACCAUUGAUGAUAUUCCAUUAGCGAUCGAGUCGCGAAUAAAAUGGUUCGUAAACAAUCAACGUUUUGCUGAUAUAACAUUCGUCGUUGGUAAAGAGAAAGAAAUCGUUUAUGCUCACAAAAAUAUAAUGGCUUCAGGUAGUCCAGUGUUCGAGCAAAUGUUUUUUGCGAAUCAUGACCUUAAAAUGACUGGAUCGGAACCCAUCGAAAUACCGGAUUUAACACCAGCCGGUUUCAUCAAUAUGUUGACGUACAUUUACACCAACGAAUUCAACGAUUUGGAUGAUUUGUCAGAGCUGUUCGAGACAUUUGUCGCCGGUGAUAAGUAUCAAGUCUACAACAUGAACGACGCAAUGUUCUCGUUUAUCAAGGACGUACUGAACGAAUCCAAUUGUUGCAUCAUUUACGAUCAAUUGAUGAAAUUUCCAUCGGAAUACCUCUGCGUACCUGUUGACCAGGUGAGAACGAUGAUUCGUUACAACAGUGGAGUGGCGUUCAAUGACGAGUACUUCGUCGAUAUCAGUCAGGAAACUCUAGUUGAUCUGUUGAACAUGGACGCUCUGUCAUUAGAUGAAAUCGAUGUGUUGAGAUCGUGUGCAAAGUGGGUGGAUGAGGAGAUUCGAAGACUGAAUUUGGAAUCAAAUGCAGCGAACAAACAGAAGAUUUUCAAGCCAUUCAAGAAUUUGAUCGGAUUUUCUAGGAUCACAUUGGAUCAGUUGGAACACUUUAGUCCAAUCAAGGAUCUGUUGUCAAGUGAUGAGCUUAGUUCAUUGUUCUUGCAUCACUUGAACAUCUCGCAACUUACAAUAGAGUGCAAUGCAGCCAGAAAGACACUGACGUUGAAAAGCGCUACAUGUGACAGAAAAUUGAGAGAUAGACUUGCGAGCCAUAGGUCAGAGUUCAGAACAGUAUUCAAUUCAAGUGGCGAAAUUUUCAUCGCAAAGAUUUACUCUUUUCUACAUAUAGAGAUUGAAGAUUUGGAAUUUUCAAUCCAUGACAAUGUGAGUGGACAAAAAGUGGAACUCAAUUAUGAGAAAUUGCGAGAUGGAGACGAUUGCUGGCAUUUCCGAUUUAUUGAUUUCGUUAAAAUUGACGCGGCAAAAGAUUACACAUUUACUUUUAAAUUUCAAAUCAUCCCGAUUUCUAACUGUGAAUUAAGUUGUGAUACCACAGUGAUGAUACGUAACGCUAGCCUUUUGAAAUUUUAUCUCUCAUUAGAUUCAUUUGGCUACCAUUGCUUGAAGAAAAUCGAUUUCUUUGAAUUGUCGUAAUUUUCUGAUUCAAUUCUGAUACAAAUUCAUUCUAUAUCGUACGCGAUAAUUUUCAAGUAUUUUGGAUUCAGACACAAAUUUUACAAAAACAAAAAAUUUCACAUCGUUACAAGUAAUGUAAAAAAACGAAAACUUAAAAUUCCUUUGAAUUAAAUAUAUG